AUGGCAAUGAUGAAAGAAAAUACAAUUAACUCUCUCUCAAUCCGGUUGCUGACAGGCGCAGGGGAUAUUAUCGGCCGGUGUAGUAGCUCAAAAGGUUGCCCAGCCAGAAAACAAGUUGAGCGGAGCCGCCUUGACCUCACCACACUCCUCAUAUCAUAUGCUUGUGACCAUAACCACCCUAAUACCACACGCAACUACCACCAGCAGCCGCCGGAUAUCAAGCCCAGCUCUCCACUCAGUGAAGAGUUUGGCAGCCAGCCGGACAUCGAGCCAGCCUUUGCAGAACUAGCUGGGGAGCUCGGCUGGCUUUGUCAUGUGGGCUCCACGUUGAUGGAGGGGACAACAACCCUCGUGGGCCCCAUGUGGGCCCAUACAGAUGUGACCCACUUUGUGCCCAUUAGGGAAGAGGAUAAGCUGUUGUUCCGCGAUCUAUGUGACCUGGCAGACUCUGCUAUGCUGUCCCGCACCACAUAA